UUUAUAAUUAAGACCUCGCUUGCUGCCCAAGUCGGCCCAGAUCUCCACCUCCUUUCCUCCCACCGCAACCCUCAUCGCAGCGGCGGCGGUGGGCGGCGACGGACCAUGUCGUCCUUCUUUCCUGCAUUCAGAUAUGGCGAUGGCCUGGCGGUGGUGGGCAUCUCCAUCGGCACCGCCUUCAUCUGCGAGUUAAUCUCUUGGGUCCUCAUCUACCGCACCUCCAACUACAAGUCCCUCCGCUCCUCCAUCGACAAGGCCUCGAAGAAGCUCGAUUCUAUGAAGUCCGUGUCUGCCCCUUAUGCCUCCAAGAAGCCGGCAUCCUCUGCUUCCUCUGCGUCUUCCGCCUCGUCCCGAGCUAAGAAGAUGGACCGAGUGGAGACCAGCCUCAAGGACGCCACACGCGACCUCUCUCUGUCCAAGUUCAAGUCCGGCGGGGUGGUCGCUGCCGUCCUAUUCAUUGUGUUCGGUAUUCUCAACUCCCUUUUCGAGGGUCGCGUCGUGGCCAAACUCCCGUUCAGGCCCAUCCCUCUGGUCCUCAAGAUGAGCCAUCGUGGACUGCCAGGAACGGAUCCCUCCGAUUGCUCCAUGGUCUUCCUUUACUUCCUCUGCUCCAUCAGCAUACGGACCAAUCUACAGAAGCUCCUCGGGUUCGCACCCCCGAGAGGGGCGGCUGGGGCUGGACUAUUCCCUAUGCCAGAUCCCAAGACUAACUGAGCCGCUCUAAUGCGAUAGAGCGCACUGUGUAAUCUCAAAGAGGGCAGAUCAGGAUAAGGUCCCAGAAUACGUGAAUGGUCCUCAGAAUAAAAUUUUAACUUAAAACGUUCCACGAGCAGUUUUGUUGCUGCCUGACGACUUCGAUUGUCGAUCAUUUCUCAGUUUUCUCUCACAUGUUAAGCGUUGUCCUGUUGGUAACAGUAAAAAACGCAUUUUUGAUUAUUUAGAUAAUAAGAACGAUAGGGCUAGCAAACUCUUGUACUGUUUAAAAUUAUCCACCUAUUAUGCCCUUGCUCGUUUUGUUGGUCGUGCAAA